CAUUUCACACAUAUUUAACCCGAAACAUUUUGCGCAGGAGUUACCAAUUAGCCCUUAUUGUAGCAGGAUCUAUGUACUGUACUACUGCAGUAGUACUACUACUUCCUCUACUACGCAGUAUUUCCAUUUACUGCGCAGUCUUUGUCCUCAGAGACGGUCGUUACCGUUUUUUUCCUGAGGUCGAGGAUAUCGGCCAGAUUUUGAGCCCCAUGCCACCCAAGAGAGAGGCAGGGACGAAUCCAACACCACCCCCAGUUAAGAUGAUUAAGAUCGGUUCAGACACCCAGGAAUUUGGAUGCGAUCCAGCGGAGAAUAGGUACAGGUUACCUGAAGAGUCCAGCUACUCACCUUUCCCCAACAAUGAGAAUGACACGAUUGAAUUUGAUGAAGAAAAUGCUGCCAGUCCAGGCAUCAGAACAGACACAAUCAGUCUCCUCAUGAAAAUAGAGCAACUGCAGGCACAACUCAAAUAUGAACGCAGAUGUAGGAUUUUGGCUGAGAGAGAGCUGAGGGAGCUGAAAGAGAUGAACACUCUCAUGAUGCAGAUGCGGCACACAGCUCAUGAACUACGAGUCACUCUGGAUCAUGUACUCCAAGGAGGCGAGGCGGGGGUUGCAGUACAGAGCUCUCAGGAUGAAGUCUCUUUUUUGGCUGAGCCUGAGGCAGAGAUGAGAACAGUUCAUAACAUCCCUGAGGAUGAUCUCAACUUUCUCUAUCUAUCGGAACAUCUUCGAGUUCCCAAAAAUCUUUAUGAGCGUAUUGCAGAGAUUGGAGACUAUAAGAAGUACACGUCGGCGCUGCUCAUGAUACUUUUCGAUAGAGAAACUUUGGCCACACAUUCUCUGCAAGGCCGGAGGAAUACUUUACCCGGAGAAGAGGCCCAUAAGCCCCAACUCCCACCUGAGAUCUUAAGGAGUAUAAUCGAGCACGUUGCAGCAAAAUUUGGCGCUGAUAGCAGCCAAAUAAAAACAGCAAUCAGGACAAAGCUGAAUAAUGAAGACAAGCUAUUAAAGAAGAGAUUGGGGUUGACCAAACCUGAAAAUAAAGUUGUUAACGAUCAAAGCUUUUGCCAAGAUGUGUCAAUUCUGCCCGAAAAUCCAGUGAUGGAAAAUGAACCUCAGUUAUAACAUUUCAAAUGUUGGGAAACAGUUCACCUAUAUCUGUUUAUCACAAGUUUAAUGUCUGAUAGUUAUGUGACAGACCAUCAUCUUUUUCCAGAUUUAAUUUAUUCAGUAUUGAAAUCUAGCGCUCAAUUAUUUUUUCUAACACUUUUUCAGACUCUACUUUUUUAAACUGUCUUGUCUGUAGGAUGUAUUCAGUGUGUACUGUAACUUGACCAAACCAGGCUGUAAAUCAGCGUUACACAAUGUCACAUGUGCUAAAACUAAGUGUUCUUAUUUGAGUUACUGUAAUUGAAGUAGUGCUUGUCUAUAUCUACUUAACUGGUGUGUGAAUUUGGUCUUGGUAAAGCACGUAUACUGGCUGAUAUAGUUAGUUAGCUGGUCUUUGUGUGUGAAAGGAAGCCAUUUGAAAAGUGUAAAAAAAAAAAUAUAGUCGGCAUUUCAGCUGUACUCUGCUGUUAUGAGAACUUUUACAUCACACCAUGUGACACUGUGUUCCUUGAAGUUUCAAAAAUAAUACUGUAAUGAUUAUGAAACAUCUCACUUUUUUUGCUGUGUUUUGUUACAUAAUAAUGAUAAUAAUAUAAUAAAAUACACUUUUGAAACCUUU